AAGUUGGAAGGAAUAUUUGAGUCAGUGAAUGACGAGUUUCCAGGUGUUGACAGAUGUUAAAGAGCUGUUAAAGAGCUGUUAAAGGGGAAAAGGAUACUGCUUUUCAGUUUUGGAGUGGCUUCUUUUUUGAUUCCAUAACAUCUGGCAAAUUAUUGUGUAAAAAAACCCAAGAUUCCAACGAGGAAGCCAGUUCAUUCACUUGCAAAGAGCUUCAUAUUGCAAAGAUUAGUCAGAGGCAAGGUGCUUGAUUCAUUGGUGAAGAGAUGAGGGGAUCCGUGCUUGUAGCAAUUGCUGCUACCAUUGGUAACUUUCUGCAGGGAUGGGAUAAUGCUACCAUUGCUGGUGCAAUUGUGUACAUAAAAGAGGAUCUCAAUCUGGGAACUACUGUAGAAGGUCUUGUUGUGGCUAUGUCACUCAUUGGAGCCACUGCCAUCACAACAUGCUCUGGACCCAUUUCAGAUUGGCUUGGCCGACGACCAAUGCUAAUACUGUCAUCUGUGCUUUAUUUCAUUAGUGGUCUGGUGAUGCUUUGGUCACCUAAUAUCUAUGUUUUAUGUGUAGCAAGGCUAUUAGAUGGCUUUGGAAUUGGUCUGGCAGUUACUCUCGUCCCAAUAUAUAUAUCUGAAACAGCCCCUCCAGAGAUCAGGGGAUUGCUAAAUACUCUUCCACAAUUCACUGGUUCAGGUGGGAUGUUUUUAUCAUAUUGUAUGAUUUUUGGAAUGUCAUUAAUGGCCUCACCAAGUUGGAGACUGAUGCUUGGGGUUCUCUCAAUACCCGCUCUUCUCUACUUUGUCUUAACAAUUUUUUAUCUACCUGAAUCUCCUCGAUGGCUUGUGAGUAAAGGAAAGAUGCUUGAGGCGAAACGUGUUCUUCAAAGAUUACGUGGCAAGGAAGAUGUUUCAGGUGAGAUGGCUUUGCUUGUUGAAGGUCUUGGGAUUGGGGGUGAAACUUCUAUAGAAGAGUACAUGAUAGGCGCAGGUGAUGAAAUUGCUGCCAGUCAAGAACCAACUGAUGAGAAAGACAAAAUAAAAUUAUAUGGUCCUGAGGAAGGCCUCUCUUGGGUUGCCAAACCUGUCACUGGACAAAGUAUGCUUGGUGGCAUUGCCUCUCGCCAGGGAAGUGUGGGGAACCAAAGUAUACCUUUUAUGGAUCCCCUUGUAACAUUAUUUGGUAGUGUCCAUGAAAAGCUCCCAGAGACAGGAAGCAUGCGAAGCAUGCUUUUUCCUAAUUUUGGAAGUAUGUUCAGUACAGCUGAACCUCAUGUUAGGAAUGAACACUGGGAUGAAGAGAGCCAAAUGGAAGGUGAAGACUAUACAGCAGAGGCUGCUGGAGGAGACUCUGAUGACAAUUUGCAUAGCCCUCUAAUUUCUCGUCAAACAACUAGCAUGGAGAAGGACAUGGUACCUCCAGCUUCCCAUGGCAGUGUUACGAAUAUGAGACGCCAUAGCAGUCUUGUGCAAGAAAGUGGGGAGCCAGUUGGUAGUACAGGCAUUGGAGGUGGCUGGCAGCUAGCAUGGAAAUGGUCUGAGAGAGAAGGUGAUGAUGGAAAGAAGGAAGGAGGAUUUAAAAGAAUUUAUUUGCAUCAGGAGGGAGGCCCUGGAACUCGUCUUGGGUCUCAUGUUUCACUUAUGGGUAAUGAUGUUCCUGCAGAAGGUGAGUACAUCCAAGCUGCUGGUCUGGUAAGCCAGCCUGCUCUGUAUUCAAAGGAGCUUCUGGAUCAGAAAACUGUUGGACCUGCAAUGGUUCAUCCAUCAGAAACUGCAGGAAAAGGACCACUUUGGGAUGCUCUUCUUGACCCAGGAGUUAAGCGUGCCUUGUUGGUUGGAAUCGGAAUUCAGCUGCUUCAGCAGUUUUCUGGAAUAAAUGGAGUUCUCUACUACACCCCUCAAAUUCUCGAGUCAGCAGGUGUCGAAGUUCUUCUUGCAAACUUGGGACUCAGUACAACUUCUGCAUCAUUCCUCAUUAGUGCAUUCACAACCUUACUGAUGCUUCCUUGUAUUGGUGUAGCCAUGAGGCUCAUGGAUAUCUCAGGCAGAAGGCAGCUCCUACUUACCACAAUUCCUGUCCUGAUUGUGUCUCUUGUUAUUCUAGUCAUUAGCGAACUGGUGGACUUAGGCACAGUUGUGAGUGCAGCAAUCUCGACAGCUUGUGUCAUCAUCUACUUCUGCUGUUUUGUCAUGGGAUAUGGACCAAUUCCAAACAUCCUCUGCUCUGAAAUCUUUCCUACAAGGGUCCGAGGCCUCUGCAUUGCUGUCUGUGCUUUAGUUUACUGGAUCUGUGAUAUCAUUGUCACCUACACUUUGCCUGAGCUGCUCAGUUCGAUAGGCCUGGCAGGUAUCUUUGGCAUCUAUGCUGUUGUGUGCGUCAUAUCUUGGAUCUUUGUCUUCUUGAAGGUCCCAGAAACCAAAGGCAUGCCCCUUGAAGUCAUUAUUGAGUUCUUUGCCAUUGGUGCUGGUCCAAGACAACCGGAUGUGAAGAGCGAGUGAUUUGCUGCUUUGAAUGACAUAUUGCCAACUCAAGUUUAGAAAUUGGUCAUCUUUUAUUCAUAGUCAUACCGGUGCAAUUAAUUAAUAGCUUGUUAGUUCUGCUUGAAUUUCAAGCGAUAUUCUUAGUAGCUUUUGCUUGGAAAUAAGCUUCUCUUAAUAAUAUAGGUGCAUGAAAGUUUUACUAACAGCUAAUCGAUUGCAAACUCUUUUAGUUUUGAGAAAUGCUAUUUGAAAAAUAAUUGUCCCACACCUUU